AUGAGCACUAUUGUAUUGAUGGUAGGGGGCUGUGGCAACUACUUGGGUAGUGAGCUAUUUACAUCUCUCUAUGACGAACUACAACGCGCCGCCAGCCUGGACGACAACCGAACGGUUCAUUCGUUGACAAAUCGUUUCUUCAGCAGCCCUUCUCCCAGUAUGCGUGGAGUUAGUCUGAAACCGCGUUGCCUCCUAAUCGAUAUGGAGGCAAAGACCGUCCAGAACUGUCUCCUGCGGCAGAUGCCGCCACCACAUCGCAGGCAAGUGGGCACCAGUAACUUCAGCGCAAGCGAAGCAAAUGCGGGGUGGUGCUGGGAUCCAAAAUUCGCUUUUUGGCAGCAGGGAGGUUGCGGCAAUAAUUGGGCGCUUGGCCAUCAUGUGCAGGGCCCCAACCACAGGGACACCCUGGAGCGCCUGCUUCUGAGCCUUGCAGAAGAGGCAGACGCUGUGAGCUCCAUUUUGGUGCUUCAGUCUUUGGCAGGCGGCACUGGCUCCGGAGUUGGGUCUUUUUUGACUGAAUUGUGCUCGGAUUUACUUCCGGAGAGAACCAUCGCCAGCUGCUGCGUUUGGCCAUUCGACUCAGAAGUCUCUACGCAGGCCUUCAACACUGUCCUCUCUUUGGCAUCUCUUCAAAGCUCUAGGUGCUUGGCUGUGGUUGCAUAUUAUAGCAGUUCCACGAUGAAUCACAGGUCCAGGGCUACACCUACAGGAGCUGGCAUGACUGAGAUCAACUGCUGCAUCGCCCGUGACCUACUUGGCUGUUGCCUGCUUCCCAGCUCCCCUUGGAUGCCAAUGCAACCCCGUCGAGUAUACCCAACCCGCCCUACUGCACGAUCACGCUGGGCACGUGCACCUUGCCAGGACAGCAACCCAAGUGCCUUAAGGCCGCUGUGGGAUGAGGCAGCAGGUUCUGCUGCUACUUGCACCCUGCGCGGCCUUGUGAGUAACGUAGUCACUCACCGAGCCUUCAAGCUUCUCACCUGCCGGUACCUUCCACAGGGGCUUGCUCCUCUUGAAAACAGCCAACGGCUUUCGCCAUACACUUACCCUUCUUUGCUUCGCCGACUAGAGCGGAUGUUUGCUAGGGCGGAUACACUUGACCUGCAUUCACCUCCCAGCCCCGCAACACCCUCCAGUCAUAGACAAAGGCAAUAUGCAGAAGUGCAGCAGCGGGAAAAAAGCAGCCCUAAACUGGCAGAGAUAUCGCACGGCAUGCAGCCAAACGCUGCAGUAGCCGCACAACUGUGCAUGCGAGGGCCGGCUGUCAGGGCCUUACAGAGUGAUCCAAUGGCCAAUUGCAGCAUUGGAUUGUGGCGAUGCGCUGCCAGUCCCCCGCAGAGCCUUGCAGCUUGGCUCUCACUACGAAUUGUCGCACGCCACUGCCUGCUCUGCGACGGUGAGAUAACACACGUUCAACACACAAUAUCAGUCCCGCAGAUGUUGGAGGGUCUGCUUGCAUCUGGCAGCUAUGGUAUGCAUUCGCCUUUUUGCCGCUGCUGCUGCAGCACGGUGCAGCUUGGCCUCGAUAUGCUGCAAGCUGGCGCCUUUGUGCAUCAUUACGAGCAGUUCGGCGUGGAGUCUCACGAGCUCUGGGGUGCUCUUGAGCAGCUGCAGGAAACUGCAGAUGCUUACGCCACCCUCCUCCCAGCCUAG